GGGAAACCGCCCUAUGCCACGUGACUUUAUAUUCACGUCGCGUCUCCCCAUGUUGGACGCGUCAACCGCCUACAUCUUUGUGAGCUUUAGUUCUCACUCGCAACUGUUGCUUUCCUGAUCACUCUCUACUUGCUGCAGCCACAGCAACUCUCAAAAUGGCAAGUUUACAAGCAGAAGAGGAUGUUGUCGCCCUUGAAACCCCUGCCUCAGAUGUUUUCAUCGCCCCCUCAAUCAACCACGAAGCACUCCUUUCCGGUGCCUCAUAUACCCAUUUCUCUGCCGUCCCUCCGUCACUUCUCCCCACGCCCAAUCCUGAAUCUCCAGAAUCAAGCGAGACAUCAAUACCUGGCCCAGAAUGCGUCUUGGGGGUCGACGAAGCAGGACGGGGCCCAGUGCUAGGACCCAUGGUCUACGGACUCCUCUAUCUCCCGCUCCCGCUCUCUGAUCCCCUCCUCCGCAAAACCCACCACUUCGACGAUAGCAAAGUCCUUACUCCAGCGGUCCGCUCUAAUUUGAUGGAGAAGCUGUGCACGCCAGGCACCGAUCUCCACGCCCAAUGCGGAUGGGCCGUCGAGGUCAUGUCUGCUAGGGAUAUUGGCGCAAAUAUGAUGAAGCCUACAGGGACCUACAAUUUGAAUGCGCAAGCUAUGGAUGCGACUAUUGCUCUGAUAGAGGGAGUUUAUAAGAGGGGUGUUAACGUCAAAGAGAUCUAUAUCGAUACGAUUGGGAACCCUGCAACAUAUCAGAAGAAACUGGAGCGAGUGUUCCCCACGGCUAAGGUCACGGUUGCGAAGAAGGCGGAUAGUUUAUAUCCUUGUGUCAGUGCUGCGAGUGUUUGUGCGAAGGUCACAAGGGAUGCGGCCCUGGAAGUCUUAUAUGAGAGCUAUGUGAAGAAGCCUGAUGAGGACGUAGAGAUGGAUGGCACCACAGUGAAAGCAGAAGUCGCCGAAGAAGCAGGCUGGGGAUCGGGAUAUCCUUCAGAUGCAAGAUGUACGUCAUGGCUAAAGAGAAAUAUGGAUCCGAUUUUUGGAUGGGGGAGCGAGUGUCGAUUUAGCUGGGGGACUGCAAAAGAUAUGCUAGAUGCGAAGGGUGCUGCUGCAAAAGUGGACUGGCCGGUUGAGGAAGAUGACGAGAUGAUGCGAGUGACGGAUUUCUUCAGCGGCGAAAAGGAAGCUGAUGUUGAUGAACUUGGUUCAUGGUUUGGACGACCUGUUGGAACAAAAGUUUUUUAAACAUGCGGUUUGAUUAGUAUGGGUAAUCAGGGAGGCAUAUAGCGGCGAACUGGAGUUCAUACGUGGUGCAGGUUGGAUAUACUCUUAUGACUGAUCUGAUCCUUAUUGAAAAUCAGGGAAAGGCGUAGGUACUGCUUUAGGGCAUCAGCAAAUAGGCCACUGAGUUGAGUAGAAUACUCAAGAAGAAGGUUUUAUAUUACUCGUUAUUGGCUGGA